AUGCCACUUUUCUCCAAAAAAUCCGAAAAAAUCUCAACGUUGCCGCAACGAAAGCUGCGUCUGUCACACGUUCCCUUCCUGAACGAAGAAAUUGACGACUUCAAAAAGGUCUCCUUGAAUUUGGGCAACAAGGAAUUCAAAUUCAUCGAAGGCUCAUGGAUCGCCGUAACAAAAGGAACUUCGAGCAUUGAUGACGUAACGAAGCUAAAACACAAAAUAACCCAUUUGGAGGAAGAAAACAACCUGAACAAGAUUAAAGUCGAAGUUUUGUUGGACAUGCUUGCGGAAAAUAUGUCAACUGUGACGACGAACAGCGAAAAAAGCAAAAAAAUAAUAAAAAAUUAA